AACCGUCCUGCGUAAAAAUAUUAUGUUGCAUUGUGGGUACGGGUACCGUAUAUACAAUUUUUCGUUGCCAAGGCGAGCCCCGCGGCCAAGGUAUGCAACUUCGUUGUCAAAAUGGAUAGUAACAUCAGGCAACUACUGGCAGCAACUCAGCAAUUCGGAGUGCAAGGAAAGGGAUCAUUCCUUCACCAAGCCUAUGAUCUUCUGAAGAGUGCUGCUGAAUCUAAACCUAACCCGGAUGGCCCCCUACCCUUCAACCAAGAUCUUUAUGUGUUGUGUGCAGAGCUGGCUCUUAAGAAUGACCUGCCACACAUCACCAAGGAGUGCCUCAAAAUGUUCUUCAUGAAGACACCGCCUUCCAAUCAGUUUCUCUGCAGAGCCUACCUAUGCCAUGCCCAGCUCUUAGCACCUUCAUCAGCUAAUGACCCUGCCCAGCUUGAGAAGGCAGUGGUGUACAUCCAAAAGGCAAUUAACUUUGCCAAAGAAAAUCCAAGGUAUCACUUCCUUGUCUACAAUGCCUCCGUUCUCUACUGGCAAUUCUGUCGGCCGUUCCUGAAGCUAAACUAUCGCCAGUACCUCUCUGUCAGCCUCCACCAUGUAGUCAAAGCCCUGGAUGACAUAGAAGACAAGGAUUAUGAGUGGCGAGCCCAGCUAAUGAUUGCACUCAUUGAAUGCCAUGUUGAUGCAGGUCGGACUAAGGAAGCGGCGGAGGUUAGCAAGGCCACGGCUGAAUUCACCAAGACCCAUGUACCGCUCCUCUACAAACAAGUUAUAGCUCUGCAGGUUCGUCACCAGCUUGUUGAUAUGGGUAAACUACAGAAGGAUCUCAGGUCAAGUGGCGAACUUACUGUCUACUUCAAGCUUAUGAAAUUGAGGGUUGCCUUUGAACAGGGGGAAAUAACGGACUAUUCACCUCAUCUGGAGCGUAUCUUGAAGAACAUCGUGCACGACGAGGACUUCUCACGAGCCUCAAGCUCCAUGAGCGUAGCCAGUGGCCGCAAGACAGCUACACCAACUAUUGGAGAUGAUAGGAACAGGUCAUCUGGUGCCCCUACCCAAGGAUCGGGUGAAGGGGGUCGGGAGCAGGGGUCAAGCUCCUCCUCCAUUGCCUCUAUUAUACGCUUGGCCAACACUGCCAGCGAGGUCUCUAGUUCAGCCGAUGAGCUCGAUUCAUCUUGCUCUAGUCCUACUGAUGAUCUCCUUUCAUCUGGCUCAUCAAAGCUUGACCCGCCUGUCAAGUCUAUGGUGUCUAAAUGGAAAGCAGCCCCUGUAGCCCCUGUCAAUAGGGAUAAGAAAGCUUCAUUGCUUCUUGACCUGGCACGUCUGUGCUCUGAAUACAACCUACCUGAUCUCCUUGCAAGGACUCUUGAUGCUAUGAAAAACUUUCCUCUCAAGGACAAGGGAGCUUUCUUUGAGAUGGAGUUUCUUCAAUGUGAGCUCAUGGUUCGAAACCUGCUGGACAAGCAGGAAGCAUACAAUAAGAAUGCAGUAGAAGUUCGUCUGCAUGCCAUAGAUCGUCUCAGUGAGGCUGUGAUGAAUGCGGUUCGUCAUGGCGAUCCUAACAUCAUACAGGCUGGAUGCGUAACCCUGUGGAACAUGUGCUUGCCGCUGCUGCAGCUGAACCUUAGAGGUCAGCUCAGGAAACCCCUGACACUGCUCGCCGAGUCUCUUGAGAAUAUACAGAGCUUACUGAUCCUGCUCCGAUGUCAGGUCCAUACAGAGUUGGCGAAAUGUGAAGAAGACAUGGAGCAGAUACAAGUGGCUAUGGAACAUCUGAAAAAGGCCCUUGGCCUUGAUGAUGGAGGAUUGUACCAUGAACGUCUAGAGACAUCACUUCAUCGUCUUGAGUUGAGAGCUGAGUUAUACAAACCACCAGAGAGAUUGGAGGAUCAGGCUGCUAUGAUUAUUGAACAGGCAAGAACUAGUGCUGAUUCUGGUACCGUCCUAAUGAAACGAUCUCUGUUGGUCAAGGCUGGACAGGCGUUGUCUCCAGAUGCCUUUAUGCUGGUCUUAGAGAGUGAAAGAGCACCUAAAGCCGGUGGACGAGGAGCUGAUUCAAUCAUUGCUCAGCUUGGUGCCAAGGCCAGGAACUUCAAGAAGAGCACCAAGAAGGCCAAUGGUCACAUCAAGAGAUUGGGCAGCGAGAAUGAAAGGGAACGGGCUCGUCUUUGGGGAGAUCUGGCAAAGACUGCUCGUAAGCAAGAGGUUUGGGAUAUAUGUCGCGUCGCAGCCCGCUUCUGUCUUCUCUAUGAUGAUGAUCGUUGGAGCAAACCUCAGUCUCCUACCAGGCCGGAUACACGGCAAGAGAAUGCUAGUGUUGCCAGUGAUCAUCCACCGACUUCUGAGACGCCAACGAAUCGUACUAAGAAGUCUCAGAGUACAGUGUCUUCUGAACCAGUUCUGGGGCUGUCGGACAAGGAUCUUAUCCGCAUGCUUGCUGAGGUGCAUUUUCUCAAUUCAGAGGCAUUGAUUCAUCUUUUGAGGUCAGAGGGUGUGGAGAUGUAUAACAAACCUAUUCCACCGGUUGAUAAAAGAAAACAUCCCAAGGGGUACAUACCAAAGAAACCUGAGGAAGAUCCAGAUUGGAUUGACUAUUGUGAGUUCAUCAAUGAUCUGACGGCAUCCUCCACCAAAGGUUUCCUGCGUGCUGCUGAACUUGGUGUAACCCUCAAUGAGUCUUGGAUUGUGUGUAGUGCUGCUUCAUACUUCUGGAAUUACACCAAUCAUGUGAUGACGGAGAACAGACACAGAGAGUUGGUUCCUUCCUUUACAUCCCUUCUUCAGGCCAUGAAACAAGUUGGCCAUUCCAGUGAAACGGUCCUCCUGGUGAACCUAUGCAAUGCUUUGGCUGUAGGCCUGAUCCUCCCCUGGAUACCCCACCCUGACUCGGCUGAGCCUGACCAACCCACUCCACACCAGGGGAAAGGCAAGGGGGGUAAGGACCCAGACCCGUCCCCAAGGAAGGCCAAGUCAGUGGCCAGCCAUACCAGUGGUAAGAGUAAGAUGGUACUGGCAGUGGAUCCAGAUGGAAGCAAUGACAUCAAACAAGCCUUGGAGGUAUGCGAUUAUGCUAUAGCAGUAACCAACGGGACAAGACCACUGGACCUGGUACCCAUCGCGAUCCGUCAUCCUCUCCUCAUCACAUGGGUCAGAGUCAAGCAGCUCAUUAGCCAACAGAUCCAGAAGAGUCUUGGUACUGAAGAUGAGAACAACAUGGAAGGCCAGCGACCUUUGACCCGAUGUCUGGUUGCAUUAGAGAUGCUUACCUUGAAUGGGAACGGCAUCAUGGACUUCAAAGAAGCACCCUCUCUCAAUGAUUUGAGCAACCUGGUGGAGCAGUGCCAGUGGCCUGACCCAUCGGUUGAGCUCCAGGUCUGGUCCCGUCUGGCUUACCUUGCUUAUAAGUCCAGGAACCAUUCCCUUGUGAUGCGCUGUGCUGCUAAAGCCAUGGCCUUUGAUGGGAUCCCUAUCAAGCAUCGUAGACUUGAUGAGCACAAACAGAUGGUAUGGUACGAGAUGUUGAGCUAUGCUAGCUGUGUGCUUGGCCAGAGUCAUGUACGUAGCAUGGAUGGUAAUAAUGCUGUGCGUAGAUCAGCCAUGGAAGCCUUCCUCUACAGUGCAAGAUAUGGAAGGAAGGCCAAUAACUAUGACCUUGUGAUUACAGCAGCGAGACGUUACUGGAAUUCAUGCUUAGUCUUGAUAUCAGAACCUUUAGAACGUCAGCUCCUCAAAGAACCUCUUACAUCCAUUUUAGAAUGCAUCAAUGCCACUUACAAGAAAGAUGUGAAAGUGAAAACUGAUGAUAGUGACGAUGAGGGUGAUGACGGAGGAGCCCCAACCCCUCGUACCGUCACAUCUAUGACAACCUUACCUCCAUCCACUGUCGACAUCUUAUCAGAUCCUGAAGAUGAUGUGACCCUUAGAGCUGCUAUAUAUGGGGUGCUCUUCCAAGCCUAUGCUGAUCAGGGAGAAUGGGAGGCAGCCUUAGCAGCGAUGGACAAAGCGGUGAAUGACAUGCCAAGAACCAGACAUCGAUUGUUAAUCUUCAAGCACCGUCUUAUGGUGAAGGCACAACUAGGCCGAGACAUUCAUGUCGAUAUUGCUAAAUUCAGGGAUGAAAGUGAAGACUAUGUAGCCUUGAUGUGGUAUAAGGUAGCUAAGUGCUCCAAGGAUCAGUUUGAGCAGCUUACUGCUUAUCAGAAUGCUAUCGAGGCAUUGAGGUCUCCGUCUAGCGAUUGGCAGAAGGUUGAGUACUUGAUGGAGUUUGCCGAGUGGCUCUAUCUUAAUGAGUUCCCUCUACAGGAUUGUAUGGAUCAACUUGAAUGGGCUGCUGAUAUCCUUCUUAACAUGAAGAUCAGAACUCGCAGUGCAAAGAAAAGUGCAGGAUCUGAAAGAGGUAAGAAGAAGAAGUCUAAGAGGUCAUCUAAGGUCAAUACUCCUGUCAUAGCAGAGAUACAGCAACCUUCUCCUGCUCCUACUGAUAAUAAGACUGUGGAUACUAUGGAGAGUGGUGAUGCUGAUGGAAAUGAAUCGUCUCGUUACAUACCAGUCCAAAAGACCUCCGUCAUCGGUCUCUCUGCAUCCAAUCUUGACCUUAGCGUGGAGGAGAUCACCAGUGCUAAGAUUCUAGAGCAUCUUAUCCGCAUCCACACCAUGCUAGCUGUGGUUGCUGGGCGGGGCACUGAUGCCCAUAGCAACUACUGUAUCCUGGCUUGGGGAUUUCUUUCCAGACUUAUGCAGGUAUCCAUCACAUCUGCUGGGCAGGUUGCCAAGGAGCUAGCCAAAGCUGCAGCAGCCAAUGAACAAGCAGCUACCAAGGGAUCCGCCAAGGGGAAGAAAGGUGGAGACAAGGGUAAAGGAGCCAAGGAGCAGGAGCCAGUGAAGGAGAAACCCAAGAGGAAAGGACCCAUUGAUGCGGUACCGACUAGCCCUGAAGAAUGGGCUGGUUAUGAUGUUCCAGAUGAGAUCAGAGAAGCCUUUAAACAUGAUCCUUCAGGAGAGAGCAUUAACAAGGCUUCUAUCCUCAAACCGACAUUGACCAUGUACUAUCUGGAGACGUUAGUGAGGGAGCUGAGAGCAGCUAACUUCAGCCAUCUUGUUUUUCCUGCUCUCAACAUGGCUGAGGUCAUAGCAAGAGACAUCGUCAUCUCAGAGACAUCAGCAAAGACAUAUCGUCUUAUUGCUGCUGAGGUUUGCUGGGAGAUGAAUCUACCUAUGGCAGCCAAAUAUCAUGAAGCUGUAGUAGGACCAACUAACCUGAGCACAGAGGAACAAGCUAAAUCUCGUGAUGAGAUUGCCAAACUACGAGAAAAGCAGGCCCAAGUUCAGAGAGAAGCUAAGAGAGUUGAAGAACUUAAGAGAACUAUGUCUGGUGAUAAGACCAAGGCACCACAACUAUCUCGCAGUAUCAUUGCUCCAGACCAAAAAACCGAUAUUGUUGAAGCAGUGAAAGGGUUCAAGAAGGCAUUGAGUGCUCAGUCAUACAGACAGGCAUGGACACAACAAGCUGAGAUCCUUAUCAAACAGGGUUACUACCAGUCAGCCAGAGAGCUCCUGAAUGAAGCUUACCUGGCAGCACAGGCCUUUGAAGACACCUGGACACAGGCCUACAUCCUUCUGCAUCUGGCCAGUCUGGCCAUAGCGGAUGAAGCGAACUAUGGACAGGCAAUCAACCUUCUUAAAGAAGCUCAGACACUUGAGAGUGAUGAGAUGUUUUGGUUGAAGACCACCCUACUGAUGGUUGAUGCUUAUCUUGGAGACAUAGAGGAUAGAGAGAGAAGCAACAAGGCAAGGUCCCUCAUUCUGAAAUCAUUAGCAACCUUCACUGCUCUGGCUGAGAAGAGACCAAACAAAGCUGGAAUGAUCACCUACAUCAAGGCUACUCUAGAUGCAAAAUUUGGUGAGAUUCAGGUCAACCAAGUUCUCCAGGAGUGCCGUGAUACCAUGCAGCCCAAGGCCCAUCGGGAGCUGCAGACGGCUUGCCAGAGGUUUGAUCAUAGCGCCAAGGAGAUGUUAGGUGUAGGAUACAAGAGAGAAGCCAUACAGAUCUUGCAACAACAGGCUAAUGUCCUCAGGUUAUUUGCCUGUGACAGCCAGGACAAAGAGUUACAGCACAAGUUUCUUUUGGAGGCUUACAGCGUUAUGAAGACUGUGGUGUCCAUUGCUGAUGAUCUUAUGAUACAGAUACAAACACUGUCUUCUGUCACUGAAAUGAGGAACGUGAGCCUGCCUGUGCAAAGAGAAGCAUGUGCUGCCAAACUGACUCUGAGUGAGCUUCUCAUUGAUGUCUUUGCCAUCUUUGCUGAAGAAGACCGGAAACACAGGAUUGCAGAGUCUAGGAAAGGCUCUCUAGAGAAGUUGGUUGAAGAGUUUAUUGCAGCCACGCCAGUUAUGAGUGAUGUGACCAGAGACUGGAAAGAGCUCACAAGCACUGUAUCAUCGUCUGCUCUCAAUCAGCUUACUGGUGCGCUGACUCUGGGGGGUGUCAUACCACAUCUCAAGGCAAAGGCCAUGUACAACAUUGGUCGGUGUCUGAGAAUGCUUGGUAUUCAGAGAGGACCAAACCCACCAAACCAGUGGGAUGUUCAGUUCAUGAACCUUGUCCCUGUCGCAGCAGCAGCAAGCAAGGCCCCACCCCAGCCUACCCAAGGGGAUGGAGAUGGAGAGGAGGAAGCUGAGGCUAUGGUAGAAGAACAAGAAGAAGAAUUGUCUCCAGCUGAGAUCAGACAGGCUGAGAAGAUCACCAAGAUGGUUAAUCAAUAUAAGGGUGAACAGACUGCCUCAGAACUGUAUCUCAGCCAAGCCACAGAGGUCCUUGCACAAUGUGUUCAGCUCUCUCUUCAAAACAACUUGAAGGACAUGGUUCGGUCAGCAUGCAUGGACAUCAUCGAGGCAUGCGGUCAGUACGACCAAGCCAUGGCCUCCCAUUACCUAGCCCUGUACCAGUCCUGUCAGGCUUCUGCCUCUCUUGAAGACACUCUCUCCAGGGCUCAGGUAGACCCUACCACCUCUAGACAGGCUAACAUCCUGCAUCAGAGACAGCAGCUCCUGGGUGAAAACACCACCACCAACCAAGCCAUGGGGACUGUCAUGAAAACUGCUGUAGAUGCUCUUGGUUCAGAGUCAGAGGCUUGGAAGCGUUUAUUGAUUGCUAACAAUCAUUUGGAGCUAAUGAAGGAACUGCCUCCAAACUUCAACAUAGUCAUUCUACAGCACACAGAUGACAGGUCUGUUCUGUAUGGUGGCAUUCUUGAUAAGCCUAAAGCUGGCGGUAAAGAAGGCGGAAGGUCAAAGGGUGGCUCCACCCACACCUCUAGGGCAAAGGUCACUCGUAAUCUGGUUGAGCCGUCUGCUCUGGAGAACCUAUGCUACAGGUUCCGUCAGCACAAACAGGAAGUGAUGCAAACCUUGUUGAAGGCGGAGUACAGAAGAUCACAGAAAGCUCAAAGACAACGUAUGCUGGAAAACCUUUCCGAUGAUAUGAAAGAAGCGGUCACUGAGUUAGCUGAUGAUCUUGGAGAGACUGAAAAUCAUCUUCAGGCUCAGUUUAUCAACCUACUCUCAGCCUUAGAGGACUAUCUCAGACCAAUCACCUCAUACUUGGAACCAGCAAUAAGAGCUCUUGAUACGUCUAACAAUCCUCCGGUAGGACGUGAUGCAGCAAACCAAACCCAGGAUGAAUGUGUUAUCAUCUUAGCUGACCAAUGGCUUCUUGAGAUGCCACUGGAAGCCUUAGCCAUAUUCUCCUCUCCAGCCAUUACUGCAUUGACCAGAGACUUCUCUCUGCAGAUGCUCUACAACAGAUUCUACAGAGAGCCUGAAGAUGAGAUGUCUGAUGAUAAGAAGAAGAAAGAAGCAGCUAAAGCCAAGGCUGCUAAAGACAAGAACAAAGGAGUCAAGAUGGUGCCGUUAGACAGGACAGUACCACCAGGCUGCCUUCCUCUGGAUACACACAGCUUCAAAUAUGUCGUGGAUCCUCACUAUGACUCUCCUGAAACAGAUGUGAACAGCCCUGUGCAUGUGACCAAGGAAGCGCUGCAGCUGUACCAGACCCAGUUCACAGCUCGAUGGGAAGGUCUUUUGGGUGAUGAUCAUAUACCAAGUCUGGGAGAGUUUGAGGAACAGAUGAAGGACUGUAAUGCAUUCAUUUUCUAUGGACUUGAGAAGUUUCUCUCUCAACUGCCGCCAUUCAAAUUAGCCCCAGUCAACCUGUCGGAAAUCUCUCUCGCAAUCAUCCUAGACCUGGUCCAGACAAACCAGAGUUUCAUGCGUCAGUCAAAGAUUGAUGUUGAAAAGAGCAACACUGACCUAUCCCUUGAGAAGCCAGUAGAGACAGCCAUGUUGUUGAGUCUAGCUGGAGCAGGAUGUGUCAUGUCUAACCAAUGGCACUGCAAGCUAGGAGACAAUGCUUCAACCUUCAAUACUCUCAUGAAAGGUCUUCUUGAGACUGGUCGCACCACUGGUCAGACAGUACGCCGGAUGUUCAUCCCGUACUACAAGGCUCCAGGAGAAGAGGAAGAGGAAGGAGAGGGGGAAGGAGAAGAUGCCCCUCCCGCAGAGAAAGAUGGCAAAACGAGCGCCACUGCCAAGGGCAAGGCUAAGGCUAGCGCCAAGGGCGGGAAGGGAGGCAAGCAAGAGGAACCAAAGAAAGAGAAGGAAAAGGGUAGGAAGAAAAGCGGGUCCAUGUCAGGUCGACCCCAGGGUCGGGGGUCAGCGACACCCGAUGUCAAAGGUCAAGAGGGCAAAGGGGAUGGUGACCAGCUGCAGCUAGAACUGUUGAAUCGAGGAUGGUUCAAUUUUGUUUGUUAUGGUCUGCCCAACCUCAUGGUCACUCAAGUUUGAGAAAAUUAUCCAAAGGAAAAUGGGUAAUGUUUCAUUGAACAUUUUGCCAUUCAUUUUCACUGAUUGAUAUAUUCUGAGCCAAUGACAGGCAAGGAAUUUGAUAGCUUUCAAUGGUUGUCUCCCUAUUUGUUUUGUGAAAUGCUCCCCAUUUUAUCAAAACCCACAAUAAAUCACCAGCCAAGGUUCCCUGUAAUAUUUCUAAUCGUAAUUUUGACUGCAAAUACUGUGAACAUUUUAAUUCAUGAAUUGGGGUAAAAAAAAAAGAUACAAAAGUUUAUUUGUAUGCACCAUGUUCGAUUGAACCCAAAACUUUCAACCAUAUUUUUCUGUGAAACUCUCUCGAAGCACCUACAUUAUUCUAUGCUUGGUAAUUAUGGACAACUUUUGACAAGUAACCUGCUAUUGUAAAGCAUAGCAUCUGCUUUUUCUUAGUUGAAUUUACCAUUAAAUUUAGGUAACUGAUUGUGGAUUUUGUGGUAAAUGUCACAUAUUUGAUAAUAAGUAGGCCUAUGUAUAUUAGGUUUUCAUAAUCUUUCAUUAUCCUGAGAAACGACUCCUUAAGGACAGUAUUGUUGAAUGCAUAUACAGUUUUCACCAAUAAUCUCAGAUUCAUUUUACUCCUAUUCACACCAUCAUAAAACCUUACAGUAGAAAUAUUGAAGAUGUUCACAGCAUGGGCAUUCAAGGAGUUCUCAGUCUUUCAUUUAAGAACAACUAUUGUACCACCAUACCUGAUAUUGAUUGGAUUUUUUCAAAGGAAAUUUUUUUUUAUUAUGAAUUCCUUUUAUUCUUCACAAUUUUUUGUUUUUGUUUGCAAAAAAUCAACCUCAGUGGUGCAAAUAUUUCCCAUGAUAUUAAGGAAUGCAUAACUUAUUUGAAAUUUCAUAUUGUAUUGCUACUCUUUCAAUGUUAUGGGGCAGAAAGGAAGACAUGUAUGUAAUCUCCUGAGUUUAUUCUAAAUUCUUUUAUUAAAAGAGUGAGCAGAUACAUUGAAAGUAUCAGUAUUUUGUAAUAUUUGAUUUGUUUUGUUUUAUGAGAAAUAUUUCAAACUAUGUCUGUAUUCUGUGCUUAUUUUUCUAAUAUAAUCCUUAUAAUUCUUGUUGGUCCUGCUCUUUAACUACGAGGCAUACUAUAUACUUAUGAUGAAACUGUACUACAAUUUAAAAUUGCAUAGGACUUACGAUAUUGGAUGUUUUCCGAUUACUAGAUGCAUAUUCAAAAUGACUGUUCAUUGGUACCCUAAUCCAUUCUUGAAUGAAUCUCACAGUGCUUGCUGUAUGACUUGAAAUUGUAUAUUAUAUUCCAUUAUUUAUGCAAGGUGAUUCUUUUGCAUUCUUUCAAUCUAAUUCACUUCUUAUUAUCCGUCCAUAUUCUUGAAAAGUUUUAGUCUCUGAUUACCUUAGAAUUUUGCUGUGAUGUUGAUUGUAAAAGUGAAAAGAUGAUUUUUCAGAAUAUAUAUUUAAUCUUUAUCAUCAAAUGCAUUGAAUAGUUUCUCUUAUUUGUAA